CGCUUACUGUAGUCCAGACGGAAACAGCCGCGCGCCUUGUGAAUAUUUCGCGGGAGAGCUGCUGGUGACACACAAAACAACACGGGACUGUUUAUCUGUUAGCUGCACUGCUGUCAGCUCCUAAAAUCAUCUUGCAAUGAGUUUGUGGGUGGAUAAAUACAGACCGACGUCCCUCGGGAAACUGGACUAUCACAAAGACCAAGCAGCGCAGUUAAAAAACCUGGUUCAAUGCGGAGACUUCCCACAUUUGUUGGUGUACGGCCCCUCGGGUGCUGGUAAGAAGACCCGCAUCAUGUGUGUGCUGAGGGAGCUGUAUGGAGCUGGGGUGGAGAAACUUCGCAUCGAGCACCAGACCAUCGUGGCUCCCUCAAAGAAGAAAAUUGAGAUAAACACAAUAGCCAGCAACUACCACUUGGAGGUCAACCCAAGUGAUGCAGGGAACCAGGACCGUGUGGUGAUCCAGGAGUUGAUUAAAACUGUCGCUCAGUCUCAGCAGAUCCAGUCCAGCACCCAGAGAGAGUUCAAAGUGGUGUUACUAACAGAGGUGGAUCGCCUCACAAAGGACGCCCAACAUGCUCUGCGUCGGACUAUGGAAAAGUACAUGGCCACCUGCCGCCUCAUCCUCUGCUGUAACUCCACCUCCAAGGUCAUUGGGCCAAUCAGGAGCCGUUGUCUGGCUAUUCGAGUUCCCCUGCCCAGCACUGAGGAGGUCUGUAAUGUUCUGACAACAGUGUGUAAAAAGGAAGGUCUGCUGCUCCCACCUGAGCUGGCCAAGCAGAUCUGUGAGAAGUCUGGUCGCAACCUGCGCAAAGCUCUUCUGAUGUGUGAGGCUUGCAGAGUCCAGCAGUACCCAUUCUCAGCAGACCAAGAUGUCCCAGAAACUGACUGGGAGGUUUACCUCAGAGAAACAGCUAACGCCAUAGUCAGCCAGCAGAGCCCUCAGAGGUUGUUGGAGGUACGAGCCAGGCUCUAUGAACUCCUGACUCACUGCAUCCCUCCUGAAGUCAUCAUGAAGGGUCUGGUAACAGAGUUGCUGAGUAACUGUGAUGGCCAGCUCAAGACGGAGGUGGCCCACAUGGCGGCUUACUACGAGCACAGGCUGCAGCUGGGCAGCAAGGCAAUCUACCACCUGGAGGCUUUCACCGCCAAAUUCAUGGCCAUCUACAAGAAGUUCAUGGAAGACGGCCUGGAUGCCAUGAUGUUUUGAACUCUAAUGGACUCACAUGCACACACGUUUCUGACAGGAGUUUAUCACCCUCAUGUCAGUAGUCCCGGUGACUUUUGAAAAGGUCAGCUUUAAUACAGUAUUGCAUUCUGUAUCUAUUCUGGAAUGUAUCUCAACAGGAGGAUGUUAUCUGAAUUAUUUAGUAAAGGAUCUUGCAGUUUGUUUAAAAAAAAAAAAAAAGUGGUGCACUGUGGUCUCAUGCCAGUGAUUGAUGCCUCAAA